AUGGGCAAAGUAAAAGUAGACGGCAGAGCACCCGCUAUAAAAGCGGCGGACGCCGCAACGAGUUAUCAUACAACCACCAACAUUCACGGAGACCAUACAACAACCAUGGCCAAGUGGAGCAUUGUCGCCCUUGCUUUGAUCGGCUGCGCCGUCGCCGAGCCCCCAGUCGGGUACAGCUACUCUGCCCCGUCAUCCCUCGUCUACGUUGGCAGUGGUCAUGGAUCUCCGCUCAGCAGCGGUGGCCACUACACCCAGGUCCCCGUCGGGCACCAGACCUCCGAGGGCUACCACAUCGACCCUCAUCUACUCGGAAAGAUCAAGCACAUCAUCCUGAAGGACGAGAUCCAGAACCAGGCCUACCAGUCCGCCUCCUCCGGCCUUAGCCACGGCAUCUCGUCGCACUACGGUGCCCCGGCCCCAGUCUACGGCGUGCCCCACGAGAGGAUCGUGGGAAUCGAGCUAGACCACAUCCAGCAGGGUAUCCAGGUCGCGCAGUACCACCAGGCUGAAGAAGGCUACGCUGGCUACGCAGGUGGCUACGCGGGCGGUUACGCCGGUGGUUAUUCCAGCGACAGUGGUUACUCCAGCGGCGGUCACGGCUACUCCAGCGGUGGCUCCAUCUCUUACUCCGCUCCAUCGGUCUCCUACAGCACCAUCGGAGCCCCGUCUGGCUCUUACGGAGUGCCAUCCCCAUCUUCCUCCUACGGCGCGCCUCAC